AUGUUGGCAAAGCAAAAGAAAGAUGAUCAAUACAGAAAAAUCAUAGAAAUGCUCAGACAGAUUCAAUUGAAUAUUCCGCUGAUGGAUGCUUUGAGGGAAAUACCAAGUUAUGCUAAAAUUAUGAAAGAUUUGAUGUCUCGAAAGUUUGACUUCCAGGACCUGUCUACUGUAACUCUGACUCAAACUUGUAGUGCGGCAGUGACAAGACCUAUGGCUCAAAAGUUGUCUGAUCCCGGUAGUUUCACUAUCCCAUGCACAAUUAGAAGUUAUGCUUUUGCUAAAGCAUUAUGUGACUUGGGAGCCAGUAUUAACUUGAUACCCUUGGCAAUCUACACAAAGUUAGGCAUUAGCAGAGCUAGACCAACCUUAAUGUUGCUGCAACUAGCUGAUCGCACAGUGAAAAGGCCAACAGGAAUUCUGGAUGAUGUGCUCGUUCAAAUGGGAAAGUUCAUAUUUCUUGCCGACUUUGUUAUUCUUGACUGCUAG